AUGCUGAGGACUGAUACGGUUGAAGAGCUGGAGCUGGCCUUGGUCGACUGGGUCAAUGCUUGCCACCCUGAUGCCGAAGCGGAGGAGUUCGAUGACCUUGCAGAUGGCUCCAUCUUGGCAGAAGUGCUGCAGCUCUUCGCCCCAGAAGUUGACCCCACAAACAGCGCAGCAGGCAGCGCAAAACUGCUACACGGAUGUCUCAGUGCCUAUUUCGGCUCCCGAAUUGCACUGCCCAGGCUGGCUGGCAACAUGCACAAUGGUGCCUUCUGCAAGCCCGCACUCCUCCGGGCGCUGUGUGAGGCAGUCAUGCUGGCGGCCGUGGAGGGCCCGCGCAAGGAGGAGGCGAUCCAAGCCAUCAUGAACCUGGAUGAGAUGAGUUGCAGGACGGCACUUCUGAACUUCCAUCUGUGGAUGAUCCAAGAAAAUGCUACUGCAACUCAACAAGUCCUCUACGACGCUGCGAUGUCUGUGCAGAUAUCAAAGAUCCCUGCAUCUGCACAUGGCGGCGGCUGGCAGCGCUUGCUGCAGGACAUGAGGGACCGCCUCAACACUGAAGAAAUGGCCAUCAGUGGACUCCAAAGCAGCCAGAAGGCGUUGGUGUACUUGAUUCACCACAAGACUGCCUUCAUUUCCUGCCGCGUCUUGACAUGGCAACUGCAGUCUUUGGAAGCGCAGCUUCGUGGCGUGAUGGUUGACUACGCCGCAGAGGAGGAACAGGCUGCUGAGACCGACUCGCUGCUGCAGAAAUGGCAGCGCAGCCAUGGCGAGGACCUGCGCCACUUCAAGGCAGAAUGCGAUGCCUUGCGCUCUGACCUUGAUCGCGAAACAGAGGACAUGCCGCAGCGGCAGUCGAAGUUGCAGAAGCAGCUGAAGAUGGAAGUGGAUGCCCUGCAAGACCUGCAGGACAAGAAUGGCAAUCUCGAGGUCGAAAUCCGGCAGGCUGGCAAUGUGCACGACAUGGCUGAGCAUGAGGACAUGCAGUUGUUGUGCAAUCCAUUCCAGCUUGCUUGGGUCUGGGUCUGGGACUGGGACUGUGAUAGCGGCUCUUUGCCUCGGCCUCCGCUGUGUUCUCGGUGGUGGCUUGCUCCUCUUCACAAGGAGAAGGAAGAGAUUCGACUUGCCAGGGCUAAGUCUUUGUGGGAGGCCUUCCAUGUUGCAGAGGUUACAGCUCAGGCUAGAGAGGAUUCUUUCCGACAGCUUCGCAGGGUCGCAGAGAAGGAGGAGGAGAGCGAGUUGGAUGUGGUGGGCCUCCUUGAAUUCCGGGAGAGCGAAAUGCGUCAGCUGGAGCAGGAUGUGCAAUCUGAGGAUUCGGGCCCAGCCCCAAGCCAGCAAAGAACCAGCGUUGUCGAAAGCAACGUGUCCUUCACCAAGCGAUCUAGCAUGCGUGCCAGCAUCAGUGGUCCGCCGGGUGCUGGCGCCGCAGAGCUUCUCCGAGGCCUUCCGGACCUGCAGGAGCGCCGGAUUCUGCUCAAAGAGCUGGCCAAGACAUCACGUGCGCAGUCCACAUGGCAGGGCGAACUGCAGCAACAGCAGCAGCGAACGCGUGAGCUGGAGCAUCGCUUGCAACAGCUUUCAGACGAAGCUGCGCAGCUUCACAGUUCCGAGGCUAGGGCUUUGACAGAGCUUGGCGUGAGAAAGCAAGAAGAGCAGCGAUGUGCUGCAGAGCUUCGAGAGCGGGACCAUUUGGUGCAAGCGGAAGUCCGGCGAGCCAAUCUGGAAAAAGACCAGAUGAAUGGGGUGCGCCGAGCUGGCCAGCAGACCGCAGAGCUGCAGCGUGAGCUGCUGGUUGCGCGCUCUGAGCUACAAACUCAGCGAGAAGCCAAUGAUGAGAAGUCUCAGCACCUUUCCGAUCUGAAGGAGGAGAUGGCAGAGACCGAAGCUGAAUCUGCAAAUCUUCGAGAACAACGCGAAGAACAGAUGAAAGCUGUUGCGCAACGAGCGCAGACCAGCGAGGAGAAGAGUCAGUCGAGGGUGGUGGCCGAGGAGCUUCAGCAAGCAGAGCAAAGUCUUCAGGAAGUGAAGCAGCGGCAGAGAGAGCUCUCCAGCCGCGAGGAUGCAGAGUCCGCCAGACUGCAAAGAUUGCAGCAGAGCCUCGCUGAGGAGCAACGGCGACUCAAGGAGCACGAGCUGCGUUCCGAAGCGCAACGACAUCAGCUGCAGAAUCAGAAAGCAGCGCUGCAAGCCCAGCGUGAAGCCUUGGAAGCACUGAAACUUUUGGCACAAGAGGCCAAAAGCCAAGCUCCACCAAGGCCAUCGCUGAAUCUGCAGGCAACUGUCGCUCCAGGGCAGGCGAUGACCCCGGAGCAGGCCGGCACUGCCGCUGCAGCUGCUGCACGGGUCGCGGGCAAGGCCUUGGAGGAGCAGAGUUCUGCUGCUGCCAAUGCAGCGGCAGCUGCAGCAGAAGCUCAGGGUGCUUCGAUUGAACAGCAAACCGCUACAGCUGCAGCGGCUGCAGGGGCCGCAGCUGCUGCUGCUGCGCGAAGUGCAAAGGAGCCUCGGGCCGAUCAGGUGGCUGCGGCGGCUGCUGCAGCUGCGAAAGCUGCAGAAGCAGCAGGCGCAACCAAGGCUCAGCACACUGCUGUGACGGCAGCUGCUGCUGGCGCAGCCGCAGCAGCCGCUGAGCGCGCGACCGGAAAGAACUGCGAUGAGCAGGCUGCCGCUGCAGCAGAGGCUGCUAUUGCAGCAGCUACCGAGUGCGGCGGGGGAAAGGAAGAAAGGCAAAAUGCAGCUGCAGGCGCAGCUGGUAGUGCAGCACUGCUGGCUGCAAAGAUGGUCGGCAUGUCAAAGAAGGAACAGCUAGGCGCUGCCGCUGAAGCCGCAGCUGUAGCGGCCGCCCGGGAAGGUGCUCUUCCCGGUCUUUGCUCCGAAGUCGCCCAGGCCGCAGCCCUCCGCGGCGCCGCAAAGCUCGGCGUUCCGGAGGACCAGGCCCGGGACAUUGCACGCAACUGCGUGGCAAGCAAGAGCACCCCGAAACAGGAUGUUGUGCCCGAGCAAUCUUCCAGCACAAAAAGUGGCAAGGCAGCGUUGAAAAAGCUGCGCCUUCAAUUGGCAGCGCAGGAAGGAAAGAUGAGGCAGACGGAGGCUGCAUCUGCAGAGAGGAAAGAGGCCAUGCGCCGGGAGACGCAGCUAUUGGCGGACAGUCUGCGCGAAGUCGGGCUUCGCUGCCACAUGCUGAUCGGAAAACAUAAGAUGCUGCUGGACGACAGGAAGCGACUGGAGGCGGAGGCAUGA